CUCGAAAUUAUUGUUGCUGAUGUGUCCAACCUGUCAAAAUUUCUAGCAGGGCGAAAGUUCAGUGUCAAAAAAGAUUUUCAUAGUUUAUUAUUAUAAUGUCGAAAGACGCAAAUCCAAAGGAGGCGCUUAUAAAAGCGGCCUAUGCAGAUGUUCACAAAUUUGGCAACAAUCAGGAAUUUGACAAGGCGGUUAAAGCCGUUAAUCGCAUUCUGGGAGUUGCUCCUGAUGAUCAAACUGCACUGCACUGCAAAGUUGUAUGCCUGAUGCAGCUGUCCAAGUUCGAUGAGGCUCACAGGUUUAUUGAGAAGAAUCGUCUCGCCACUGUGCUGAUCUUUGAGAAGGCCUACUGCGAGUACCGCCUGAAUAAGCAUCUUCAGGCACUCAAAACCAUCGACGAUGCUGCAAUGCAGCCGUUGCCAGCAAAGCUGAAGGAAUUACGCACCCAAAUAUUAUAUCGUUUGGAGCGCUACGAGGAUUGCCUAGAUGCGUACAAAGAGAUCAUCAAGAACAGCAGUGACGAUUACGAGGACGAGCGACGGACUAAUCUCAGUGCAGUGGCAGCCAAUUUGGCAUUGGACAAGGACAAAGACGUGCCGGAAGUACCCGAGGACACUUACGAGCAGUACUUCAACAGUGCUUGCAUUCAGUCCAAUCGCCAAAAAUUCGUAGAGGCGGAGCGCAAACUGCGCACAAGCGAAAAAUUGUGUCGCGAUUUUCUAGAAGAGGAGGGUGCCAGUGAGGAAGAAAUACUCGAAGAGCUGGAUGUUAUACGCGUUCAGCUCGCCUAUUGUCUGCAACAGCAGGGCAAAAUAAAGGAGGCCAGCGUUAUUUAUGCUGAAUGUCUACGCCAUAAGCCGAAGGAUGCGGCGUUGGUCGCAGUUGCCAGCAACAACACGGUUGUCAUCAAUAAGGAUCAGAAUGUCUUUGAUUCCAAAAAGAAAAUACGUGCUGCCAUGGCUGACGCCUGUGAGCCAAAAUUGACCUCACGCCAAAAGCAGACAAUAGCUCUCAACAAUUGCCUCUUGGCAUUGUAUACCAAUUCCAGCGAUCAAGUCCAGCAGCUGACACAAAAGUUAACCCAAAGUUAUCCGCAAGUGGAGUUCGAGGCUCUGCUGAUACGCUGCAGUCAACUGGCCAAGGAUAAGAAGCACAAGGAGGCCAUCGAGCAACUGAACAAGUUUGCCAGUGCACAUAAGACGCAUGAAUUUAUCAGUAAAUUUGCCAUCAUACAGUUGCAGUUGCUUCAGGGUAAUCGUAAAGAUGCUAUCGAAACUCUACUCUCGCUGGGUGAGGCUAAGUACAAGCCUGGCAUUGUUUCAGCGUUGGUAUCUCUUUAUUUAGGCACCGACAAUAAGCCGGCUGCAUCGGCGCUGCUUAAGUCAGCCGUCGACUGGUAUAAGCAGAAUAAUGUGAGCAGCGGCGAUUUGUCGGACAUGUGGCGACAAGCUGCAGAGUUCCAUUUACGUGGUGGAGCCUCUGAAACAGCGGCCAGUUCUUUGGAGGAACUGCUCAAACUGAAACCCAAUGAUAUGAAAGUACUAGCCCAGCUGGUUAUUGCCUAUGCACAAUUUAAUCCUAAGCGUGCGCUCGAGAUAAGCCGCAAGUUGCCCAAACUGGAAACGUUGACAACGGCUUCCGAAAUUGAUGCACUCGAGGCGGCUAACUGGGUAAUGUCUGCAAAGGCAGCCAAAAAGACGGCCAAUGCGAAAGUUGAACCUUCGCCUAGCACACCCGCAACUGAUAAGAUGAAGAGUGGUAAUCGCAAGCGCAAAGGCAAACUUCCCAAGAACUACAAUGCCGAGGUCGCGCCGGAUCCUGAGCGAUGGUUGCCCAAGUAUGAGCGCACAGGUUUCCGUAAGAAGCGUGGCGGUGCGCGAGCCAAGGAUAUUAUCAAGGGAUCCCAGGGCAUGGCGUCUGGAGCAGCUGAUCAAUAUGACAUGUCCAAUCGUGCCAAUCUAAACAAGAACUCGCCUGCAACGCCCGUAUAUCAGGAGCCUACACCCGGUCCAAGGCAACAGCAUCGCAAAGGUGGCCACAAGAAGAAGAAGGGCGGACGCUUCUAAGUCGUAACCAAUAACUUGCUUUUAAUCUGUAUCAAUUACAUAAACACUAUCAACUGGUUUUGUAUUGUCAACUUAUAAAUAAACAGUUUUGCUAUUCUUCUCCAUCA